CACACACACUCUUUUAAACACAGCCAGCAGGGUAGAGGGCUGGGCUGUAGCUGCUGCUCUGUGGAUAAAGCAGAUUAAAGGGAGGUGAGGACGGGUAUGAUACUGAGAUGAAGGAGAAGAUCCACGGCGGAAGAGUGUAGGAGCUGCUGGAGAGAGUGAAGAGCAGCAGGAGGAGGAGGAGGAGGAGUGUGAGCACCAUGGUGGCCUUCCUGUGCCUCACCCUGUCCUCUCUGCUGGCUCUGGCGACUGCAGGAGAGGUGAAGAACUGCCACCCACAGUGCCGAUGUGAGGUGGAGAGCUACGGCCUGUUCGACAGCUUCAGUUUGACCAAGGUGGACUGCAGCGGCGUGGGUCCAGGAACUGCUCCCGUCCCCAUUCCUCUGGACACGUCCCACCUGGACCUGUCCGACAACUCCAUCAGCUCCAUCACUGACUCCAUGCUGUCUGGACCAGGCUACACCACCCUGGUCAGCCUUGACCUUAGCAACAACCUGAUCUCCAAGGUCAGCCCGCAGGCGUUCUCCAAACUCCGCUACCUGGAGACGCUGGACCUGAGCCAGAACGCUCUGGAGAGCCUCGGAGACGGCUGCUUCUCCGGGCUUCCGUUGGCCGACGUUGACCUCAGCGACAAUAGAAUGCAGGUUUUUAACCUGGAUCUCUUCACCACCAGGGGCCAGGAAACCCCGAUUGCUGUAGAUCUUUCCAAUAACCUCCUCACUGCAGUCUCCAGAAACCCGCAAAGCCACGCUCCGUUUAUUAAGAGCCUGGCGCUGGCGGGAAACAGGCUGAGGAUGGUGCCCAAACUUGCAGGAAUUCCCCUGCAGUAUCUGAGCCUGGAUGGAAAUCUCAUCACCAGCAUCGAGCAGGGCGCCUUUGAGGAGAUGAAAGAUCUCGUCUACCUGUCUCUCAGCGGCCUGACGGAGCUGUCGACGAUACAGCCCGGCAGCUUCCGAGGCCUGAGGAACCUGCAGGUCCUGGAUCUCUCCAACAACCCUCAACUCAAGGGUGUAAGCCCAGUAAUGUUCAGCGGACUGACUUCCUUACAGGAGCUCAAUUUGUCCAAAUCUGUCGAAACACCUUUGCCUGUGACCGUCUUCGACCACAUGCCAAGCAUUAAAAGUUUAACUCUGGGGCCAAACAUGCAUUGCUGGAAGACACACAAACCGGGUCAGUUUCAUAGACAGAUAGGACAGGCUAAGGCUAAUGAUAUACUUACCUGUGAUGUUGCUGGAAUUGUCUUAUAAGGUAAAUAUAGAAUUGUUAUAUUUGUAUUAUUAUUUUUAUUAAUUUUUCCAAGUUUAUGUGCCUUAUUUCACUCAGGCCAAGAUUUUACCUUAUGCCUGGCAAAGUCAACCUUGUUCACCAUCAGUCAAGAUAGCACAGAUUUUUUGGUAUUAUAAAUUCUAAUAUGCACAGGUUACGGACAAAAGUAUUAAAAUGAGUUAAUCCCACUUCUGCUGUAGAAAGGAUCCCUACUGUCAAGGAAAGGCUUUCUACUAAAUUUUGAAGAGCUGUGAGGCUUGCUGUGAGGAUAUAAUUGCAUUCAGCGACUUAAGCAUUGGUGAGGUGAGAUGAUGAUGAUGAUCAUCCCACCUCAUCCAAAAUACUACAACGUUUGCAAUAAGAACAUAGUUCCACUGCUUAACUAGUUCUACAGCAUAAAUCAAGCUCUGGAAAAAAAUGAAGAGACCACUUCUGACCAGUUUCUGAAUCAGUAUCUCUGAUUUCUCCCAAAUUUCAAUUUCAAACCUCAAAUAAUGCAAAGAAAACAAGUUUAAAUUCAUAAAGUUUUAAGAGUUCAGAAAUGAAUAUUUGGUGGAAUAAUCACAGUUUUUUUAUUCAUCUCGGCAUGUUCUCCUCCACCAGUCUUACACACAGCUUUUGGAUAACUUUAUGCCUUUACUCCUGGUGCAAAAAUUCAAGUAGUUCAGCUUGGUUUGAGAGCUUGUGAUCAUCCAUCUUCCUCUUGAUUAUAUUCCACAGGUUUUCAAUUUGGUAAAAUCAAAGAAACUCAUAAUUUUAAGUGGUCUUUUUUCCAGAGCUGUAUAUACCCCUCUAGCCAAUGCCUGGCAUCAUGUUUAUUUUUUUCCUUUUUUAGAGUCUAGAGAGACGUUCAGAAACAUGUGGACGUACAGUAUAUAUAUAUAGUACUAGUAGUUCUACAGAGGCUCCCAUGCACUUUAAACAGCACACCAUUUAUACUCUUAAAAACAAAGUUGCCAAAGUUUCAGUGUUUUGGUGCAACAACUCAGGAGAACCAUUUUGUGUUCCCUAAAGCAGUGGUUCUCAAACUGGGUCUAUUCCAGUCCAACAAUGACAAGUUAUAUUUUUUAUGAUUUAUUGUUCCAGAAAUGACUGAGAUAAACAAUAUUUACUGUCAUUUUAAUACCAAACAAUAAUGUUAUGCCACUGAUAUAAUGACAAUAUCAAAGCAUAAUUAUGCAUUCGCACACCACUUUUAAAGAGCAAUGAAUAGCAAUGAAUUACUUAGUAAAUCAUAAUAAAAAUUGUUUAAAUAAAGUUGACUUAUCAUCCCAUCUACAUUAAUAGGGCAUUAUUGAGGUCUGAAAAAUAUUAAAGGUUUAUUAAUGUUUAUGUAUUAUACCAGACAAGGCCUAACUAUAGAGGACUUUUAUUUUGAAAAUUGAUUUAUUUAAAUAGUGUAUUACGCCACAAAUCCCUUUUUUAGUCAAAGUACUAAAGGUUCUAUUCUAGUUCAAUUGAUUGUUCCAGAAAUGAUUGAGAUAAACAAUAUUUACUGCCAUUUUAAUACCAUACAAUAAUUUUAUGCCACUGAUAUAAUGAAAAUAUCAUAGCAUAAUUAUGCAUUUGCACACCACUUUUAAAGAGCAAUGAAUAGCAAUGAAUUACUAAGUAAAACAUAAAAAAAAUAUAAGGUUUUAUAAAGUUGACUUAUCAACUCAUUCACAGAAAUAGGGCAAUAUUGAGGUCUAUUUUUUUAUAUAUAAUACAAUACAAGGCCUAACUAUAGAGGACUUUUAUUUUGAAAUUUGAUUUAUUUAAAGAAGAGUGUAGUACUGCACAUUCCUCUUUUAGUAAAAGUGCUAAAGAUUCUAUUUUAGGUUCUAAGUUUUUCCCACAACAAUGAAAGUUAAAAACUAUUUUUGUUGAUCUGUUGUUUCAGAAAUAAUUGCGAUAAAUGAUAUUAUUGUCAAUUUAAUCUAUUUUUAUGCCACUCACUGAAAUUAUGCCGCAAUAAUGCAGUUAAACACUACUUUUAAAGAGCAAUAAAUGUUUAAUUAUUAAACUUCGGAUGUUUGAAUUAAGUAAACAAAUCCUAUAUAAAUAAAACAUAAACCAUUGGUUUUAAAAAGUUGACAUACCAGCUCAUUCACAUUAAUGGGCUCUGCAAAAACAGGUUAUAUGUAAGGUUAUGCGCAUAUAUUGUAUCGUAUUGUAUUUAAAGAGUUUAUCUCUGCACAUUCCUCUUCUAGUCAGAAUGCUAAAGUUCUCGCUGUUUCUAACUUGAAUUUUCUUUUUUUUUUUUUUUUUAUCCAUAUUUUUGAAGGGUGUUGGAAGGGUGCUGUCUCUGUGGAGGAGCCCCAGGCCACACAAGAACCACUUUAAACUUUGAAACCAAAGCCGAGUUUUGAAUGAAACCAAUGUGAAGUGCCUUAACCUGACAUCCUGCACAUAUUCCUGUAGGCUACCCUGACCUGGAGCGGACAGUAACAGAUAAGGUUUAGGGAUGAUGAUGAUACGGAUGAACUUGUUUUGGAGAAUGUUUGCACAUGUAGUUUAGUAAUACUGAAAGACUGGAGGUAAAACUGUGCUGAGAUCAGUUGCAUACACAGUUUGUUUUACCUGCACGCACUGCUGGUUUUGAAUAAUCUAAGAUCAAGGUCAAAAUGGUUGUAAAACUGGUCAUACUGCCUUUAAUGGUAGACUUGACCUGGCGUAGUGUAUGUUGCCGUUGAUGCUGAUUAACCAGCGAGGUCUUGCUGGGCAUGCUGGUUGACAAGCAUAGCCUUGCUGGUCAUGUCGGUUACCCUAUGUGGUCAAGCUUGGUAAAACUGGUUGUUUAGCUUGGUCAGGUUGAUCAUACUUGAAGUCCAGCUAAACCAUCAAACCCAAACCCAAAAAAUAUAUAUAUACCCUAUGGUUUUAUUUCAGAUGGCCCAAUCCCAUUUCACCCCUUGGUUCUACCACUUAGCUCUACCCCUCUGUUUUGAGUGUGCACAUCUAGGGGUAGGGUGUCCUGAGUAUUAUAAGAUUGAAGGGAUAGAGGGGGAAAUGAUAGAGCUAUAUGACCCUUCAAACUCAUUUUUAGAGGCACACUCAACAUAGAGGACUAUGAGAAUCGCUGGCAAAAUGGGAGAAACAAGCGACCAAAGAAACCCACAAAUUGUGUAGUUUUCCUUGUAAAAAAUAAAGUCUGUUUUCUUCAUAAAACAAACUUAAAAAUUGAGCAGUUCUAGUAGUUUAAAUUUGUUCCAACAGCUAGGUAGCUUGCUAGCUAACUUUCCUGCUCCACCUUAAAUGGUGCAAACAGAUGGCAAAGGCUGCAGCAUUUUUAAUGUGGGUUGGAAAAUAAAAUAAAAGCCAAUUUCCGAUCCCCAUCACAAAGGAAUUAAGAAAAAAAAAAUCAAUAAUAAUGAAUUGAUGCACCAUCUGCCAGCUUUCGGAAGACAUACGAUGCUCUAAAGUUAACACGAUAUUCAGCAGCUAGGUUGCUGAACUUUAGCGCUCCACUGUUAUAGUUAUAUCUGUAUUCAGUGCUUAAAAGGUUGUUUCCCAAUUCUUAGGGGGAAGAUUACACUCGAAAACAAGGAGUAGGGUUACUAAAGAGAAAUGGGAUUGGGCCCAAGACCCUCUCACACAUUUUAAACAGGUUUUAGAAAUAAUUCUAAAUUUACAUUAAUCAUUUUAGAGGUAAUUCAAAUUGUAUGAAAUGAAUAGAUGCAACUGAUCUCACCACGGAAGUGUUUACUUUCUGUGGCAGGUCAUUUGAAGCUAAAGCAUAAAUUAAAACAUUAUUUUAUUAGAAUGGAUAUCUAUAUUGUAUUAUUUUUAUUAAUGUUAAGAAUAUUCCAAAUGAUGCAUGCAUUGGAAAAGAUGUGAAAGACGAAGACUGUGGACCAUUUUUAAUAUUAAUAUUUUUUGUAGAUUACGUAAUCAAAGUAAUCAAAAUUUAAUCAAAUUUAACUGAAUUUUUUCAGAUUAUAUUGUGAUUCGUUUGACACUCAUAUGUUACAGCCUUUUCCAUGCACUUGACGUGUUUUGCACUUUGUUUUCUGUUGAGAUUGUAUGAAAUGAAGUCUUUCUGUUGUGUACAGAGUUGUAUAUUAUGUUUGUACAAAGAUGAAUUAAUGCAUUCAAUAAAUACUAUAAAAUGGA